AUGGUAAGCAAUCAGCGCCACCAGAAAACAAAGCAGGUGAUUAAGGGUUUUGGACGGAUUGGAAGUGGGAAAGGAGACGCCGGUAACCUCACCCUCAUGGCAAAACACAAAGAUGAAGUUGUUUCACGACAUUACGACGUAUCAUUUCGGUUGAACCAACCCAGUCGUGAUGAAGCAGGGCCCUACCAGACACGGAAGACUAGAGCAAUAUUAUUUAUUUAUAGUAAAGGCGUAGCGACUAUGACGGAGUCCAUAUUUCUGUACUUACUGUAUCCAGUGGGUCGCCUGGUUGACGAUUACACGUUCCACUACGGAGCACCACCAACAAAGCUCAGAAUUUUAAGUCUACGAAUGGUACCUGUAUAUUAUACGGUCAAAUUCUAUUUUCUGAUGAAAGCGGUAUGGAAUGUUCUAGAAAAUGAGAAGUAUGGAUCGUUAGUACCACAUUACAUGUGGUCCUGGUCUCUCAUGCUGAUUCCUCUCUUCAUUGGAGUAGUGGUUGUAUUAUACCAGUACUUGAUAAAACAGCAAAUGACAUGGCAACUAAUGUUCCGGCCAAUGCCCAAAUGGGGUCCCAGAGAGUUUUCUGAAAGGCAACUGAGAAAACAGUACAGUUCCAGAUAUUACAUUAGUUCAGAAGUACCGAGAUUAUUAAGUCGCUACCUGAUUAAAAAGAGAGAAUCAAAAGUGUAUAAAGUGGAUGUUCGAUAUGAUGUCCAAAGAAGACACAUCGUUACAAAGGCUGUUGGGUUUGGUGCUGUUAAUGGUGAUAAAAAGAAAAUAUAA